UACAACCCCGCCCCUCCGCCUCGCCCCACCCCCACCCCGGCCAUGGCCACGCCGCUCGUCCUCGCGGCCCGGCCGGCUCGCGCCACCACCACCACCGCCUGCGCCUCCCAGAACCUCAUCCCCGCCACCUCCAAGGAGCCCCCACCCAGGCUGCCGCCGAAGCGCGGCAGCUCCAAGUCCCUCGUCGUCUCCCUCGCCGCCGAGGGCCGCAUGGACGAGGCCGUCGAGGCCCUCGCCGCCGUCAGGGGCCCCGACGCGUUCCUCCACAACGUCAUGAUCCGCGGCUUCGCCGACGCGGGCCUCCCCGCCGGCGCUCUCGCGGCCUACCGCGGCAUGCUCGAGGACGGCGCGCGCCCCGACCGCUUCACCUUCCCCGUCGUCGUCAAGUGCUGCGCGCGCCUCGGGGGUCUCGACGAGGGCCGCGCGGCGCACGGCAUGGUGAUCAAGCUUGGCCUGGAGCACGACGUCUACACCUGCAACUCGCUCGUCGCGUUCUACGCCAAGCUUGGCCUCGUCGAGGACGCCGAAAGGGUGUUCGACGGAAUGCCGGUUAGGGACAUCGUCACGUGGAACACAAUGGUGGACGGGUAUGUGUCGAAUGGGCUGGGGUCACUAGCACUGGCUUGCUUCCAGGAGAUGCAUGAUGCGCUAGAAGUGCAACAUGACAGCGUUGGGAUCAUAGCCGCUCUCGCGGCUUGCUGCUUGGAAGUUUCAUCGAUGCAAGGGAAAGAGAUCCAUGGCUAUGUGAUCAGGCACGGGCUGGAGCAGGAUAUCAAGGUGGGUACUUCGCUUCUGGACAUGUACUGCAAAUGUGGCGAAGUUGCUUAUGCUAGGAGCGUGUUUGCAACGAUGCCGCUGAGGACCGUAGUGACAUGGAACUGCAUGAUUGGUGGGUAUGCGCUGAAUGAACGGCCUGAUGAGGCAUUUGAUUGCUUCAUGCAAAUGAGGGCAGAGGGCCUCCAGGUUGAGGUGGUCACCGCUAUCAAUUUGCUGGCUGCCUGUGCUCAAACUGAAAGUUCACUGUAUGGAAGGAGUGUUCAUGGUUAUGUAGUUCGGAGACAGUUUCUUCCACAUGUGGUGCUUGAGACUGCUCUUCUUGAGAUGUAUGGUAAAGUUGGCAAAGUGGAAUCAUCUGAAAAGAUAUUUGGUAAGAUAGCAAACAAAACUCUGGUCUCAUGGAACAAUAUGAUUGCUGCCUACAUGUACAAGGAGAUGUAUACAGAAGCCAUUACACUAUUCCUAGAGUUACUGAAUCAACCUCUUUAUCCUGAUUAUUUCACCAUGUCAACAGUAGUACCAGCAUUCGUCUUGCUGGGAUCGCUGAGGCACUGCAGGCAAAUUCACAGUUACAUCAUCGGGUUAGGUUAUGCAGAAAACACUCUCAUUAUGAACGCAGUUCUGCAUAUGUACGCAAGGAGUGGUGAUGUGGUGGCCUCGAGGGAGAUAUUUGACAAAAUGGUGUCAAAGGAUGUCAUCUCUUGGAACACAAUGAUCAUGGGCUAUGCAAUUCAUGGCCAGGGAAAGACUGCACUGGAAAUGUUUGAUGAGAUGAAAUAUAAUGGUCUACAACCAAAUGAGAGUACCUUUGUCUCCGUGUUGACUGCUUGUAGUGUAUCAGGUUUGGUGGAUGAAGGAUGGAUGCACUUCAAUCUAAUGCUACAAGAGUAUGGCAUGAUCCCACAGAUUGAGCACUAUGGAUGCAUGACCGAUCUUCUGGGUCGAGAAGGUGAUCUUAGAGAGGUGCUACAGUUUAUUGAAAGCAUGCCGAUAGAUCCAACAUCCAGGGUUUGGGGUUCCCUACUUACAGCAAGCAGGAACCAGAAUGACAUAGAUAUAGCUGAGUACGCAGCAGAGAGGAUUUUCCAACUGGAACAUGACAACACAGGCUGCUACAUUGUUCUAUCUUCGAUGUAUGCUGAUGCUGGGAGAUGGGAGGAUGUUGAGAGGGUGAGAUUGCUGAUGAAAGAGAAGGGGUUGCGAAGAACAGAACCAAUAAGCCUUGUUGAGCUUCAUAGCACGGCGUGUAGCUUUGCCAAUGGGGAUAUGUCUCACUCGCAGAGCAGGACGAUUCAUGAAGUGUCCAAUAUUCUGUCUAGAAAGAUUGAAGAAACAGAUGACACAAGGAAUCAGUCUUAUCCCGUCCCUGUUGCAACAAGGACAACCACAAUGCCUAAUAAGCAUAGUGUUAGGCUGGCUGUUGUCUUCGGUCUGAUAUCAUCUGAGAUUGGAUCCCCUAUUCUUGUCAAGAAGAAUGUGCGUAUAUGCAACCACUGUCAUCAUGCAUUGAAGUUGAUAUCAAGAUAUUCAGGACGGAGGAUUGUUGUCGGUGACUCAAAGAUCUAUCAUGAAUUCUCUGAUGGCUCUUGUUGCUGUGGUGACUACUGGUGAAUGGAUAUCACUGUUUCAGUAUUUGACAAUGUUCUUCACACCUUCGGCAACACCAAUGGAACGCCUGAAUGAAUAGGUGUUGUGGCAAAAUAUCAUCAUAAAGUCACAGCUUAGAUGAACCAUCGAGUAUGAGUCCAAAUGCUACAGCUGUAUCAAUUUUCGGGGGGCACAUAGACGAGAAAUCAAUUCCCAGGUACUGGUACAGUGUUACUCCGGUAGCAGCGGCUCAAAGUGAAAGGGUGAAUAUGCACACUGGACAGGAACCUCCUCUUAAUACUGUAACACAUUGAUAUGAUGUACAAAGUCCAUUCUUUUCGAGUGAAGAUUCUGAAUCACAUA